AUGUCUGAGAAGGCUACAUCAGGAGUAGAGCCUCAGGAUAAGGUUGUAACUAAUGUCGUUACCCCUGUGGCUAGUGCUGUCGCUACUGAGACAAUUAAUAAUGGAAAAAACAAAUUAGAUAAGACUUACUCAACAGGCUCUCAAAAACAUUCGAUCCGUCGCAGUAUUUCAAAACGUAGGAAAAAUGGUGAUAAUACUACUACUACCACUUCUGAUGGUGAUGAAAUAUUAGUUGCUUCUGCUGUUCAUAAUACAGGUAAAUUACCUGUCCCUAAUCCACAAGGUACAAUUGGAUCCGUGCCUUUGGAAAAAUUGCACCCUAAGGAGAUGAAACAUGUACCAUCAAGAGAUCCAAAUUUAACAGACACUUCAAUUACUGGACCAGGCGUCCUUGAUACUAUUUCUUCUAAUGAAAAGGAAGCCAUGAAAUCUUCUAUCCUGGAAGAGAACGCUGAAACUUUGUACCCUUGGAGAACAAUCGGUGAAUUCCAUUCUUCUGGUAAAGGUGUUCCAAAUACAGUGGAUUCCAAUGAAAUUAAAGCUUAUAUGAUCGAAUCAUUCUAUAAUGAUUGGUAUUAUAACAUGGCUACUGUAAUCGGUACUUGUUUCUUUGCAUGGUUACUGGCGUACUGUGGAUUUUCUUGGUGGUCCUUGGGACUUGUGUUCUUAGGUACAUCUUCUGUAUACAAUACAGAAUAUCGCCGUUUUAAUAGGAAUGUAAGAGAUGACUUGAAAAGAGUUACUGUGGAAGAAACCCUGUCAGAUAAAAUUGAAACUACUCUAUGGUUAAAUUCAUUCUUAUCGAAGUUCUGGGUUAUUUAUAUGCCUGUUCUAUCUCAACAAGUUAAAGAUAUUGUCAACCCUCAAUUGGUCGAUGCUGCUCCAGGUUAUGGUAUUGACGCCAUUUCUUUAGACGAAUUUACCCUUGGUUCAAAAGCUCCAGCCAUUAGAGGAAUCAAAACCUACACUAAGAGUGGGAAGAAUAUUGUCGAAAUGGAUUGGUCCUUCGCAUUUACACCUAAUGAUGUAUCUGAUAUGACUCCUAUCGAAGCCAAAGAAAAGAUCAACCCCAAGAUUGCUUUAGGUGUUUCUAUCGGUAAGGGUGUAAUUUCAAAAUCGAUGCCUAUCUUGGUUGAAAAUAUUAAUUGCGCAGGUAGAAUGAACAUUAAGUUAGAAUUCGGUAAGAUUUUCCCUAAUAUUAAGAUUGUCUCUGUUCAAUUCUUAGAACCACCAAUGAUUGAUUUUGCUUUGAAACCUAUUGGUGGUGAUACUCUAGGUUUAGAUGUCAUGUCUUUCUUGCCAGGUUUAAAGACUUUUGUUAAAUCCUUGAUUGAUUCUAAUGUCGCUCCAAUGCUAUAUGCUCCUAACCACUUGGAUAUCAACGUCGAAGAAAUCAUGGCUGCACAAGCUAAUGAUGCUAUUGGUGUAGUUGCUGUGAAUAUAGCCUCGGCUUCUGAAUUAAAGAGUUCUGAUUUCAUUACAAAUACAGUGGAUCCAUAUAUUGUAUUAAAGACUGAAAAGACUUUACCUGGUGAAGAAGCCGAAAUUCGUACUGCCAUCAAGUCUGAUAUUAGGAACCCAACAUGGCAUGAAACUAAAUACAUUUUAGUUAACACCCUAAAUCAAAAAUUAUCCUUGACUUGCGUUGACUUCAAUGAUGUUAGAAAGGAUUCAUUGAUCGGUUCAGUUGACAUAGAUUUGAAUGAGCUAUUUCAAACACCUUCUAUCGAAAAUCAAUCUUCUGAACUAUUAAUUGGGUCCAAAUCAAGAGGUAUACUGAAUUAUUCCUUGAAUUGGUAUCCGGUCAUCAAGGGUCAGAAGAAGGCUGAAAAACAAGAAGCCGACGAAGAAACUCUUGGUUUCUCUGAUGUUGAAGAUCAAGAAAGUAAUGCUAUAGACUCUGGUAUUGCAAAGAUUACUCUACAAAAGAUUACAGAAAUUAGCUCAACAACCGGUUUCACUAGUAAUUUGAGUCCUUCCGCUAAGUUGUACAUCAAUGACAAAUUAGUUAAGAGCUUUAGAACCUUGAAACGUAUUAAUGAACCUUCCUGGAAUGAGACAUUUGAAGUAUUGGUAGGCUCUAAAAUGAACUCUACCAUGACUUUGAAAGUCUUUGAUAAUCGUGGUAAAAACGAAGUUCUCUUAUGUCAAUAUUCAUCUAACAUUGAAGAUGGCUUGAAUACUUUGAAGGGUGGCAGUGAUUUCUUACGUGGUAAUCCUUUCGGUAAAAUAUACAUUGAUGCAGAAUGGAAACCAGUUGAAAUUUCUGAUAUGGUGGUGAGUAAAAGUAUGGUCAAGGACCCAAUCGGCUGUAUUAGAUUGAAUGUUGGCCAAGCUCUAGUCAAAGGAUCACUGAAGGGUAUGGGUGAUAUUGACCCUUACUUCAUGGUCACAUUAAACAGACAUCCAAAAUUUAAAUCUAAGCACUUUUCUGAUUGUAUGGAUCCGAAGUUCGAUCAAUUGGUUUAUAUCCCAGUAUCAUCAUCUCAACAAUCUUUGGGGAUAAGUCUAUUUGACUACCAAUCUGUAGGUUCAGAUAGAUUUAUUGGUCAAGUUAAUUUCGCAGUUUCUGAUAUUGUUGAAUUAGACAAAUCAACUAAAACAUAUAUUACAAAGAAGAAUCUUGCAGGUAAGAUGAUGGUUACAAAUCUGAAUGACAAGAAUAAGAAUGCAACUCCUAACACUUUGGAACUAGAGUUCUCAUUUGUUCCAACUCAAUCUGUUUACUCUCCAACUGAACUCGAAGAUGUAAAAAAGCUAGAAGCAGACUUAAAGGAAAGGAAAGCUAAAUUUGAGACCACUCAAGUAAAUAACAAGGUGGAAAUGGACAAGAACCCAGAUGAUUGGGAAGUAGCAACGAUUGCAAACCCAUUCGAAGACGAUGAAAAGAAAAUCAAUAGAAAACAGAAGUUAUCAUUCGAGGAAUUAGUAUCCAUGAAUUCUGGAAUUCUGGUUCUCCAAGUAGUAAAAGGUUCAUUGUCUAGGCCAUCAAGUUACUUGAACAUUCAUAUUGAUGAUGUGACCUUCCCAUCAUUUAUUUCAGCCAAAUUCAGAGGCAGCAGAAUGGCCAGUGAUGUUGGUUAUAUAUUUGUUCGUGAUUUGAAGUAUAGUAAAUUACUGUUCAGAGUCUCUAAGAAACAAGUCGCCAAGGACCAAGAUGAUGUUAUUUCAGAAUUGUACGUAGAUACAAUGAAGGUUCUAAAGGGUGGCUAUAACGAACCAACAAAAAUAAAUUUCAAUGGAUCUGUGUUUUCUGUACAAUGCGCAUUUUAUCCCACAGUGGAUGUUUUGCCUAUCUCUGAGACCAUUGCGGAUACUGGGUUAUUGAACUUGAAUAUUAUAUCCGGUACUGGUCUGUUAUCUGCCGAUAGGAACGGGAAAUCUGAUCCAUUUGUAACCAUUUUUGUUAACCGUCAAAAGGUUUACAAAUCUAAGAUUAUCAAAAAGUCCUUGGAUCCUGUCUGGAACGAAAGAACUUCUAUACGUAUCCCAUCCUUAAGUAGAGAUGAGUUAUUGUUUAAUGUAAUGGAUUGGGAUCGUACUGGUGAUAAUGAUGAGUUAGGUAUGGCCGUAUUUGACCUAAAAUCUAUAAAACCAAAUCAGAAUUAUUCUUGGAACUGCCCACUAAAUACACAGGGGUCAAUCAAGUUAGAAGGCACGUUUACUCCACAAUAUACCAAACCAACAAUGGAUAUUAUUGAAAAGAAUUUGACAAGUACUCCAUUUAAGGCUAUCGGUACGGUUGGUGGCGCUGGUAUGAAUGCUGCUUCAACCAUGGCUGGUGCAGCCGUAGGUAUUGCUGGUGUCGGUGCUGGUGGUAUCAAGAAGGGUGGGAGUUUACUAAAAUCAUUUGGUGGCGCCACAAUUGGAGGUACAAAAGCUACCUCUGAGAGAUUUACGGGAUCUUCUUCGAAGGCAAGAACUUCACUAGAAUACGAUGAUACUCCAAAUGUUGGUUAUGCGACUGUACAGUCGAACACCCCAUCAACUCCAUCAGGUCCAGAAACAGGUAAUCGCUCUAUUAAGGAAACCCCUAUAACUUCAGUAUCAGCUACCAGCAACGGUGGAACACCUACUGCUAUUUCCGCUAUGAGAAAGUCCAGAGCAAGUAGUUUUGCCAGAACAUUAGCUCCGAAUGGUACAUACGAAGGUACUAUCAAGAUCAUCUCGGCUGAAAAUGUUGCAAAACACGUCCAAAUCAAAGUAUCGUUAACUCAAAGUGGUAGAAUGAAGAGUUUAUAUAAGACUAGAAAUCAAAAGGUAAACGAAAAUGGUUUAGCUCAAUUUGGCGAAUCAUGUAAGUUUAAGGCAUCGCCAGAGGCAAAUAUUGUGUUAACAGCCAUAUCUCGCCAUUUGUUAGGUAAAGAUAAGGAUGCAGGUGUAGCCCAAGUUCUACUGAGUGAUCCAAAAGUUCAAGCUGGGGAGAAUUUAGCAGUUAAGAUUGGUUCAGGUCAAAUAGUUGUUCAAAUAAAUUAUGGCCAAACUGCUACUAACACAACUCCACCUCUACCAGAAGUUCCUCAAGAAUACGCUUGA